AAUAGUUAUGUAUGGGAAGCUGUCAACUUGUCAGUUAUCAUAAUUUUUUUAAUGAAUUGUUGACUUUUCGAUUUUUUGGAGUUAAUAUUAUAAAUAAUUUUGACAUUUUGAUUUAAUUCAAUCCUUUCUAAUAUAAAGUAUCAGAAAAAUGCCUGUACGAAGAGCACUACACGCAGGUAGUUGGUACACCGACUCAGGAGCAGAAUUAUCUAGACAAUUAGAUUAUUGGUUAAAUCAGGCUGAUUUAAGUCACGGACCAGCAAGAGCUAUUAUAGCACCACAUGCCGGAUAUCAAUAUUGUGGUGCAUGUGGGGGUCAUGCUUAUAGACAAAUAAGUCCUGUUGUUGUCCGACGUAUUUUCAUUUUGGGACCUUCUCACCAUGUUCGCCUAUCUGGUUGUGCCUUGUCCAGUGCACAGAAAUAUAAAACACCUUUGUAUGAUCUCCAUGUAGAUUCUCAAAUUAAUAGUGAAUUAGAAAUGACAGGUCAGUUUGAAUGGAUGGAUUUAGAUACUGACGAAAAUGAACACAGUAUUGAAAUGCACUUACCUUACAUAGCUAAAGUAAUGGAAAAUUUCAAAAAUCAAUUCACUAUUGUUCCUAUCUUGGUGGGCUCUCUAAGUCCUGAAAAAGAAGCUUGCUAUGGACGAAUUUUAUCAAGUUACUUAGCCGAUCCCAAGAAUCUCUUUAUUAUUUCUUCUGAUUUCUGCCAUUGGGGGCACAGAUUUAGAUACACUUACUAUGACCGUUCCUAUGGUAAUAUUUAUCAAUCUAUUGAAGGAUUGGAUAGAGUAGGAAUGAAUAUUAUUGAAAACUUGAAUCCUACUGAGUUUACUAAUUACCUGAAAAAAUACGGCAAUACAAUUUGUGGAAGACAUCCUAUUGGAAUUCUCUUACAGGCAAUACAAGAAUUACUCAGGAAUGACAGCAGCCAGAGUGCCAGUUUAAAAUUUUUGAAAUAUGCACAAUCGAGCCAAUGUCGUAAUAUGAAUGAUUCAUCUGUUAGUUAUGCAUCUGCAGCUUUAGUGAUAGAUUAGUACAAAUGUGGCCUUAACAGAACUGUUUUUAAAUUGCCAUUUUCAAUCUCGUGUUUAUUAGAUAUUAUUUAUCUAAUAAAACAGAUUCAUUUACAUAUUUGUUUGUUUAAUUUUUGUACUUUUUGUUUAUUUAAUCAGUUGAAUAAUAUAAAACAUUGUCCAUGGUAUCAAUUAUGUAAGAUAAUGUUUCAAAUGUAACAAAUAACAUUUUUGCUCUGUCCAGCAUUUAAGCAAUACACUAUGUGAUGUAUUUAAUUUCUUUAAAUGUAUAUUUUCAAAUUGAAUACACAACACCUCUAAUAGUUGUAGAAUUAUAACACCCCUGUAGAUGAUACGCAGUGAUUUUUUUAAUAAGUGCAUGAUUGAGUUCCAUUUUUUUUAACUGUCAUUCUUUUUAUAGAUAAUCUAAGGAGGUAGAUGAUCAAUGGUGACGUUUAAAAAUUUUUGUCUUCGUUAUUAACCCAUUUGCAGACAAACUGUAAAAAUUGCUUUUUAUUAUAAGUUUUGAUAACUCAACAAUGGAAAAAUGGUGAAAAGAAUCGUUCUUAAAAUUCAGUAGUUCCGCAAAGAAAACAGAAUUGUUACAAAUUUUGAACCUGGCUUCGGGAGUUACAUUAUUAAAAAAAAAUAAAAAAAAGAACAUUAACAUUGAUUGUAUAAUUAAAAGUAACACUAAAACUUAGUAGAUUUAGCAUGAUGAAACAGUUUAAAACUUCCAAAGGAAUGUAGUUUCACUGUACAUAUACCACAAACAAAUAUCAUAUUUUUUUGUACACUCUGCAUCUAUUUUGCUUCAUGGAGUUUGGGUAAUGCAAGACUGAUAUAUUUUUUGACAUUGCAUGGGGAGCAUUUACGAAUAAUGAUGCACCAAUGUAUCUGAUAAAACCUAGUAAAUCAAAGUCGCAAGAAUUUUCAAUGUAUUAAUCACCACCGAUUGCUUUUUUUUCAGAUUCUUUGAAACUCUAUAUAAAAUCCAUACUUUGGAAAUGAAACUAUUAUAGAUGUAUAAAAACUUGCCACCACAAUUUAUAAUUGCGGACAGUAAUUAGAAAUAUUUCUAUCCAUUAAAUCAGAGCCGCCCGUAUGGAUGCUGAAUAGCAUGCGACAUUCCCACCAUGAUGUAUUUUUUUUGAACGUCGCAAAUUUAUCACCUGGUGGUAAUUGACCAUUAUCGAGAAAAUUAAGGUUUUGUAUCUCGAAAUUUGUUCCUUGGCAUCCCCUUAGCAACUGCUUCAUUUUGAAGGUCUGAAUCCAUAUUCCAAUACAUAUCCUUCCAGAGAUUAAUAAGAUCGAGAAAAAACCUUCAAUUCUUCCACUAUCACAGUAAAAGAUGUGUUUGUAUUUUACCGGGUGGUAUAAAGUAUUAAAGAAUUAACUUUAUUAUAAACAAUUUAAAAUUUUCAUUAAUCUGGUUAUUCUACACUCAUCUGAAAGCACAAAUCUACUCAUUCUGCAAACAUUUUAAUCAAACUGGACUGCAAUGUUCACUUUUGUAAAAUAACUCUAAAAAUUCAGCAUCAACACGUACUUUGGACUAUGUAAAAUGCUUUUAAGAAAAUCCAAAUAGAACCACUAGCUACCUUUAUGAACUAAUAUCGUAAAUGUAGGUAGUUCCAAUGCUGCGAAUGGGUUAAUGGAGGUACAAGAGCUCUUUAGUGCAAUGUUAUCUUAUGAUCAAUUUUCAAAUUUAUAGAGGUGUACAUAACAUGUUGGAAUAGAAAUGUUUCUAAUUUUUAUAUUUGUCUUGUUGCAAUAAUCUCAAUGUUGUCUGCAAAUGUAGCUAGAGUGAAUAGUUCCGAUAUCUUGCAUUUAGAUCCAAGAUCCUUCAUAAUAAUGAAGAAGUGAUGAUAAACACACUAUUUUUGUUUUAGUUAUUGAUGGACAAAGGCCGACACCGUCCACGAUGCGACUGUUUUGAAAUAAAGGUGGUCAACCAGUUGAUCUUGCAAUGGUUUGGCAACGUAUAACAGCAGGGAGUCGCACACGAGGUGACUCGAAUGAAACUAGUUUGCAAUCGGUUGUACGUGACCUUGAUUCCGCCGCGCAGGUGUUGUUUCAUUUGAUUAUCUCAUGUUUUUUUCAAUAUGAGUGAUCAAGAACUAAACCUCAACUUUGUGUCAAAUAAAAAAUUAUAAACUGUUUGAGACAGUCUAGAGUUCACAUUUUGACUUAGGUAUGGAUAGAUCCAAUAUUCUCUUUGUACCUAGCAUUGUCUGCAGUAUUGAUAAUAAUCAAUGAGGUCUUCCUCAUCUGAGUCUGAAUACAUUGAAAAAUUACGUUUCACUGCUACAUCAACUGAUUGCGAGUCGUAUCCGUGUGCGCUCCAAAGUUUUUUUUGAUUGCAAAACUGUUGCAAGAUCAACUGGUUUGCAAUCUUUGUUUUAAAACAGAUGCAUUGUGGGUGUUCGGUCUAAAUGUGACAGUUAUUUCACUACCAAGGUGAAUAAUAUCGUAAUAAAGGUAUCUGUGACAUUUUCAAUUUUACUUUUAGAAGUUUCUGCUUAAUGCUGAAUACAACUUUUUUCUCAUAAUUGAGUAUCCCCACUAAAUCACUAUAAAAACAUUUGAUUAGUUUUUUUGUUUUUAGGUCAAAAAAUUUUUAUUCGACGUACACUACCGGUCAAAAGUUUUUGCGUUUCCUUUAGUUUGCAUGAUAGACAACAAAUAAAAACCAUACAAUUGAAAAUGUAAUGUAAGGACUUAUUUGUAUGACUUCAUUUGCAUUUUAGGUUGAACUAAAUUUACCCACAAAAGUUGUGUUUGAACUAAUAAUAUUGAGCAGCAUGGAACGAAGAUUUUAAAUUGAAAUUAAUUUCUUAAAUCUAUCAUAGCCUGAUAAAUAGCGAACUACACUUCGGAAUCACACAGGCUUCAAGUAAUAAGUCUUUCUUUUUGUUUCGUCAAUCUUUGGCUUAGAUGUGUACGCCGGUAUCAGAACCAAAUUAGAAUAAUUUUUUCUUCAUCUUUUUCUUAUAACCAUAUCUCAUAGGUUUUCACUUUUCACGACUUUUAUAUUUGUAGAUGAAACUUGUAUUCCAUUUAUGUCUCUGUCAGCUUUGUUUUUUAUAACUUGAUGAAAUGAGAUGACAUUCUGACUUACGGCACUGUUCGUGGUGCAUACAAUCGCGAGUAACUCAUUGUAAUAGCGACACUUGGUGCCUCUCGCGGAAUCUAUUAGUACUAAUGAUAUGGCACUAUUCUUAAAGUAUACAAUGGACGGAAAUGUCAAUGUCAAUUGUAAAUUAUUAUAUAUAUUAUAUAUAUAAGAAUAUAGUAAUAAAAGUAAAUAAGACUACAGUCUGUAAUUGAUCUUUUGAUUUUAUUAUAUCGAUUCAUAAUUUUGGCAUUCUCUGUAACAAUUCCAAAGAUGUGAAAUUCUUUCAAAUACUCUUUGCACAGCUUCAAGGAAUGCUUCGGAUCGUUAUCAUGCUGGAGGAUGUUUUCUACCAAUUGGGAACGUUCUACAUUUACUUUUUCUGUCAAUCAGGCGCUGGUCUUCUUCCUCCACAAUCCAUUCCAUUUUUUCCAUUUUUCUAGUGGCCCUUUCUCCAAACCAUCACCGAGUCCCUGUCGUGUUUUACUUCUUUUAAUCCUUGACAAACUUUCUUAGACCCAAAAACCUCAAACUUUGACUCAUCACGCCAUAAACUCCCUCCCAGUCUUCAUGUGUACAAUGUUCUUUAGUCCACUGCAACCUCUUAAUUUCAUUUUGACCUCUUACAAGAGGCUUGUUCACUGUCACCAUUCCAAAAAGGACAGUUUGUCUCAACUCCUUUUCAUUGUAAGAACUCGUUAUUCGUGGAUCAAUACAAAAUGUUUAUCAUCAAGGGUUGUGAUGUUUCGAGACUGCCGUGAAAGUUUUCCAUCGCCAAAGCUCCUAAUGGAUGAAUAUUUUUCACGCUGUAGUCCACAGUAUGUCGAGGUUCCUUCACUGUCACCCUUCCAAACUGGGACUAAACCAAUCAUUAUUCACAGUUAAAGAAUAAUAAAAGUAAACAAAUAAGGGGCACUAUUAUUUUUGGUUUGUACCUUCGCUUGACAAUAUAAAACAGAAAUUUGUUUAUGUUUUGGAAUUUAAUGUAUUGAUUAUGGGGUGGGCAAAAACUUUUUACUGGUAGUGUACUUAUCAUUUAAAUUUGUUUAAAAAGCAAUAACUGAUUUAGCAGGAUUUGUUAUCUCAUUAAAAUAAAUAAUUGAAACUAUAAACAAAAUUUAUCUAUGAAUUGAUAUUGUUUUUAAACCUGGUAUCUCUUCUUCCUAUUUAUUUAUCUUAAUGUCCCUUUUACUGCCAAUUAAUCAUUUUACACUCACUUGCAGAAAUUAGAUAUCAAAUAAAUCAACACAGAAACCAAAUGGCAUAUUACAUAAACAAAAAAAAUUUUAUCCACUUGUGUACAGAUAAGGAUUUUUUUCAAUUCUUGAAUUACAAAUGACAGCUUAUGUUACUCUAUUAUUAGAUAUACAGGGUGUUGCAGAUGACUUUGAUUUCUAUCCGAUACAUUCAAUAAAGUUUUGUGUUUUCUAACAAAACAUUUUAGACUUCUGAUUCAGUAAGUCUUUUGAAACACCCUGCAUAUUUGUAGUAUAAAUGUGUAGAAUUUACUGAACACACUAUUUAUACCACCACUCACAAUUGCACUGUCUGACGCGCGUUUUGAUAACCAAGUUAUCGUCUUCAGAGACUGAAGGUAAACCAGUGUAAUUGUGAGUGUUGAUGUAGUGGUAGUGUAAACAGUGUGUUCGGUAUGAAUAUCACCAACGAUUCCAGGAAUUCUAAAUUUGUAGCUUACUAAUCAUGACAUUUUGCAUCUAGUUUUUCAAGUAUAGUUAAAAGAUUUCUUCAUUUUUUCUCAUACAAAAACGGUUAAUAUCUAGACAUUUCUAAUUGGUUCACCAAAGUGGGACAGAGGGAGAAGUAUGCAUAAAAUAUAAUAAAAUCGCAUUUAAUACAUAUGGUGUCGCCAUCUAGUGUCAUAUACAGAAGCUAUAAUUACGAUACGAACGAAUCAGUCGAUAUUUUAGAUAUUCUGCGUUUUAGAAGUCCGGGAUUUACGAUGUUCAACUGUAUAUUUUCUCGAUUUUACUUUUCCAGUCCAAAAUCUAGAUUAUUUCUCGAUCAAAAGUCAGUUAUAUUUGUGAAAAUCACUUUUUAAAAUAUUUAUUUUUUGUUUUAAUUCAUUUUUCUGAAAAUUUUUGAAUUUUUGGAAUGUAUAACAACAAAGUACACUGCAGGCCAAAAGUUCAAGGCUGCCCUUAAUUAAAGUAGGAAAAUUAAAUUUAACUCCAAUGUUUAAUUAAACCUUUAAAUCAUCCACUAAAAAACUUUUUGACAAUCAAUAUAUUCAAAAAGCGUAAAAAAAAUAUUAACAAUUCAUGCUAAACAAAGCUAAACUAAUUUUUUCACAAGUCUGGGCUUACGCUUGAUAGUGUCUUAUGACAUAUUGCUCCAACAUUCGCAUAAAGCAUUCCGCAUUUCUUCUUGUGAAGAUGGAUAACAAUUUCGAACGUUGUUAUGAAGCAUUUCCCACAAAAUUUCAAUGGGAUUGAGAUCCGGGCUCUGAGGAAAUAUCCUCUUCAAUAUUUGGAACUAUGCUUGGGAUCAUUGUCUUAUUGGAAAAUAAAUCCAUCUCUAAUUAGUCACUGAUCCGAAGGAACGGCAUUCUGUUAUAAAUUUUUUGUAUUAUUAGACAAUUACGGUCGUUCCUAUCAAGCUCUUCCCACAAAAUUUCAAUGGGAUUGUGAUCCGGUCUCUGAGGAGGUCACACCAUGUUUAUUAGUACCCAUUGUGCCUCUUUGUCUUCCAAAUAUUCUCUUCAAUAUUUGAAAUUAUGCAUGAGAUCAUUGUCUUAUUGGAAAAUAAAUCCAUCCCCAGUUAUCCAUUAACCCGAAGUAACGGCAUUUUGUUUUAAAAUUUUUUGUACUGUUCCUUUUUCAUAAUAUCGUCAAAUUUUGAUCAAAUCUCCAGUUCUAUGGCUAAAAAAGCAACUUUAGACCAUAAUUGAGCCAUGAUUAUCCUUGAUUGUUGGGACUACACAAUCUGGCAUAAUCUUUUCUUGGGCACUUCGUCGAACGUAAAUAGCUCAAACUUAGAUGAAGUAGUAGUCAAUGAUGAAGGUUUUUUUUUACUUUCGGAUUUUCAGCGCUGUUGAGCGUCUGGUAAAAACAAUCAUAUUAUCUUCACUUGAUGUGGUAUCUCGUGAACUAUCUUGAAAACUGUUCUGCCUCCUGUCUCCCUGAAUCGAGUUAUUAUUUUAAGACGUCUGCAAAGUUUAGACUGAAAUUGUUUGUGAACAAACCCAUAUAAUCUCAGGUAAGUCGGAAGCCCGUGUUUUUAGAAGAUGAAUUGUCCAUAUUAUUGACCGAUGGGAAACAAAAUCAAAGCAAUUAGUUAUUAGCAGCUUUUUUUGAUGUUUGAAUACAAUAAAUGUUUUCUGUCCAAUAAGUUGGAAAUGAAUGAAAGAAUGUUGUUUUUAGAUAUUUGAUACUGACAAUAAAAUAUAAGUACAGGUGUAUAUUUCUUUUAUUUAUUUUAUAGGGUUUCCUUACAGUAACUAGAUAAUUAUGUUGUUUUAAUGUGGUCUUGGGAACUUUUGGCCGGCAGUGUACAUAAAAAAAAACUAGGAUAAUUGAUCCUGAUUUCUAAUUUGAAGAGAUAAUGAUUCAAACCUAUAUAUUAGAUUGUUGUAAACAACUUUAUAACAUUUUAUACAGCAUUAAUCGAAUAUUUCAUUUUGAUUCAAACAUUGAUUCAGCUGAAAGGUAUAUAGUCCAGGAUAUCGAGGUUUUCACCUCAGAUUUCUAUGAACCUGCAUCGAUUUUAUUGAAAUUUCGACAGCAUGUGUGAAUACAUCAAAAAGCAAAAUCUACCCUACGCCAGUGUGUGCUUUUGCUUUAGGGGUGAGCUCCACUCCAACUGAUGGGUGAACAUUUUUAUGUCGAAAAUAACAGCGGAUUAAAUUAUAAGCAAAAAAUGUUCUUAGCAUUAUUUUUUGAAAAAUCAAUAGUUUUUUAGUGAUGCGCGGUUUUUCUUUAAAACUCAAAUUUGGUUUUAUCAGAAAAAGUGUAAUAAACAAAAAUGAAGCUCAUGAAAAAUAGGGAGAUUGGUUUUUUUGAAUUUGCUUCAGGCAUAAUACAAAUCGAGCUAUGAUUUAUUGAAGGCUGAAUAUUUUUAUCCAACGAAAAUUUUUUAAAAUCAACGUUGAGUACGGACAAACGGUCAACUUUUUGAGUAAUUGCAUAUAAUCUUUUUCAAAGUACUAUUUUAAGAAAGCUUUAAAAUGAGAGUUAGUAGAACUCUAGCAUUAGCAAAACUAAAAAAAUUAUAGCCGAAAUAAAAUCGAUUUAUAUAUUUUUUGUAAAGAUAAACCUCAAUUCCACCCUUAGCAAUAGUACUUAAAUUGCAUUAAAAAUAUAAUCCAGUGAUGAUUUAUUUUAUUCACAUAAGUAUAAUGAUUUCUGGAUGUUUGAACGAUUUCGAAAAAAAUUAUGUUAAAGUCGAAAAAUCAUUUUCGAAAUUAUUAUAAUUUCUGAAAAACUAUGGGAUAUACAUAAAAAUUGAUAGGGAACAAAAAGUUGGUAUUUUUUUUUAACAAGUAUUUUGGUUUUUUUCAAAUUUUUUCAAACUUCUAAAAUAACAAAUAUGACCUUACAACUUGUACCCUAAUGUAUGACUGAUACUAUUUUCGAACCAUUUAAACGUUGCCCCCUAAAAUUGUAUAAGUACGUCUGUAAAUAUUUUUUUCAAUUUUUUCCGAAAUAGAGAAUGAUUUAUAGGGGUUGAAAAUUAUAAAUACAAAAUAUUCGAGUCAAAACAGAUGAAAAGAUGUCCAUGUAAAAUAAAUAAAUCAUCAAAAACAAUAAACACCUCUAUAAAUUUUUUUUCAAUUUUUCUCGAAAUAAGGAAUGAUAAGGGUUGAACAUUUGGGAUUCAAAAUAUUUGAGUUGAACACAAACAGAGUCAAUUUAAUAUAAAUAAGCUACCAAAAAGUGAUUAAAUAUUUUUUAAAUUUUAUCUUCACUUGGGGUGGGGGUGCUUUAUAAGGGAUGAAAUAAAUACAUCAAGCAGCAAUACCAUAUAAAAGCAUCAAUCAACUUUUAUUCGAUCCUUAAAAAUAUUUUUCUACUCAUUAAUUGCUUAUACUUACAAUUUUUUUGAUUUCUUGCAAUAAGGUAGUUUUUACCGCUAAGAGUAAUAAGGACAUAUCGGCAAAUAUUUACUCAUGGAAAUCGGAGGUAAUAUUGGUCACCUGGACUAAUAUAAAUUAUUUAAAAUAUUUUCCAGUAUGUCAGAAAUUGUUUUUACGUUAAUUGUUGAAUCAUUGAUCUAGUUUUAAUGACUCAUUACCCCCCACAAAGUAUAUGAAUAAGCAGAAUAAAUUUUCAGUUUGUUUUGUUUGGUUUUCUCGAAAUAUCAUUUUUUUUAUUUCCCUUCUGGGCUUGAAUGCAUUCGAGUUUUAGUCAUAAAUAUUAUCGAAAUAUUUUAUUAUUUUUUUAAUGCGUAAGAUUACAAAAAUAUCACCAUACUUGUGUAAUAGGCCUACAAAAAUGUAGACCAAAGACUGUAAAUUUGUAAUAUACGACAUUUAUACGCCUUUGAAA